AUGUCUACAGCAACAUUAUUGGUUUCUAUUGAACAACAUUUAUUUCAAAUUGGUGGUCCCAUAUUAUUAUUUAUUGGUAUUACAAGUUGUAUACUAAAUUUGUUAGUACUAAAAAAGAUAAGUCUACGAAAAAGUCCAUGUACAAUCUGUUUAGUUGUUGUUAAUAUUGUCAAUUUUGGCGAUUUGUUUUUCGGUUUACUUUUUGGACUACUUAUGACUGGUUAUGGUAUCGAUCCUACUUCGAACAACAUUGCUCUUUGCCGAGUUCGUUAUUACAUGAACUAUAUUCUUUCAUGCUACGAAGCAUCUUGUCUUAUUUUGGCAUCCAUCGAUCGUGUAUUAGUCACUUCACCAAAUGCUGGAACACGAAGACGUAGCACACGUCGACUAACAAUCAUAAACAUAAUUAUUGUAUGUUCAUUUUGGGCUGUAUUUCAUAUUCAUGCAUUGAUCUUCACACAAAUUGUACAAUAUGGAACUAACUAUUUUGUUUGUAUCUAUCAACCAGGUGAAUACGCUGUAUUCAUAACAUAUUAUUCACUUGUCGUUAUUGGGUGUCUUCCACCUGCACUCAUGACAAUAUUUGGCUGUUGGACAGUGAAAAAUAUUCGUCAAAUAAGUCGUGUAAAACAUGAUGCUAGUACCAGAGGCGCCGGAUCUGUUGUGAUUGGUAGAUCACAUACUCUUCAAUCCAAAGAUCAACAACUUAUCCGAAUGUUAUUUAUUGAUAUUCUUAGCUAUAUUGCUUGUAAGUACCCGGUUUCAAUAAUGCUCAUCUAUCAACAAAUCACAGCAUAUGUUAAUAAAAGUGAUGAGCGACAACAAAUUGAACAAUCAAUCCUCGGAUUCACAUCUUUUUUGUAUUUUGUGGAAAAUAGUAUUGGUUGUUAUACAAAUAUCUUGGCAUCGAAGGCAUUCCGUGCAGAACUAAAACGUAUUCUUUUAAAAAUUGUUCAUUAUUUUCGUUUUCAAUAA